AUGGCUGGGCGUGAUUGGGUGUACAGUUUCUUGAAAAGACAUCCUGAAUUAAAAUUGCGACAACCAACCCCAACCAGUGUAGCGAGAGCAAUGGGAUUUAAUCAAACCCAAGUUAAUACAUUUUAUGAUAAUUUACAAAGCCUCUAUAACAAAUAUAAAUUUCCACCAAGCCGAAUCUUUAAUAUGGAUGAAAGUGGCAUUAAUACUGUACCAAAGAAGAUUCCUAAAGUUAUAUCGAUGAAAGGGAAAAAGCUGGUGGGUAAAAUAAUUUUAGCUGAAAGAGGUCAAACUAUCACACUAGUUUGCGCUAUGAACGUAACGGGAAAUUACGUUCCACCAGCUUUUAUAUUCCCCCGAAAAAGAAUGAAGGGUUAUCUACUAAAUAAUGCACCUGAAGGAAGUAUUGGAAUGGUUUCCGAUUCUGGUUUCAUAAACACAGAUCUGUUUAUAGAAUAUGUUCACCAUUUCAAAGAAAACGUACAGCCAACAAAAGAUAAUUCAGUGUUGUUAAUAUUAGACAACCACAGCAGUCAUCUUUCUUUGGCUGCUAUCGAUUACUGUCGCAACAGUGGCAUUCAUUUGCUUACCCUUCCACCACACAGUAGUCACAAAAUGCAACCCUUGGAUCGCGGAUUCUUUGGUCCACUGAAAAUCAAAUUCGCUUACGAGUGUGACAAAUGGCUAAGUCAUCAUCCAGGACGCGUCAUUGGGCAAACGGAAGUGGCCUAUCUAGGCUUUUCAAAAAGCAGCAACGGUCGGUAAUGCUGUUGCGGGAUUUAAGGUUUGCGGAAUAUGGCCUAUAAAUAAAAACAUUUUUUCUGAAGAAGAUUUUGCGGCAGCU